CAAGAGACACAAACAGCUAUAAAUACUCUACGACUGUUAAGCAAGAACCAUAUAUGCAUGCACCAUGACAACGACCUUGCUCCAAACAUAUCGAGUUUCGCCGCCGCCGGCGCACGGCGGCGAGCUCACACUCCCGCUCACCUUCUUCGACAUGUGGUGGGUCCAUUUCCACCCAAUCCGCCGCGUCCUCUUCUACGACCACCCUUGCUCCGCCUCCGAUUUCCACAACGCCGUCGUUCCAAACCUCAAACAAUCACUCUCCCUCACCCUCAGACACUUCCUCCCCGCCGCCGGCAACCUCCUCUACCCCAACGACACCCACAAAAACAAGCCCUUAAUCCGCUACGCCGCCGGGGACUCCGUCCAGCUCACGAUCGCCGAGUCCGGCCUCGACUUCGACGAGCUCACCGCGAGCUGCGCCCGGGACUCCGAUCAGUUCUACGACUUUGUGCCGGAGCUCCCGCCGGUGAGAGACGACGGCGACUACAAAUUAGCCCCUCUCAUGGCCGUGCAGGCGACGCUCUUCCCCGGCCGCGGCGUCGCCCUCGGCAUCGUGAAUCUUCACUGCCUCGGCGACGGCAGCUCGGUUAACGCGAGCUUGAUUUUCGGUUGGGCUUCGAUCAACAAAUUUGGCGGAGAUGAAGAGUUUCUGAGAGAAAGAGGUGAAUCUUUGCCGAUUUUUGAUCGAUCUGUGAUUAAAGAUGUCGCCGGAAUCGAUACUAUUUUUUGGAAGGAAAUUAGGGAGACUCCGUUCACGCCGCCGUCUUUUCCAUUACCGACGAACCGGGUCCGAGCGACAUUCGCUCUAACCCGGUCCGACAUCGAGAAGUUGAAGAACCGGGUUUCGGCGAAGAAACCCGGUCUGAACCGGGUCUCGUCGUUCGUGGCCACCGCGUGCUACGCUUGGAGCUGCAUGGCGAAGUCCGAGCCCGACGGGGACGACGUGCUUGAGUUUCUCGUCGUCCCCGUCGAUGCGAGGGGGCGACGGAACGCCCUCAUCGAGCCGCCCGUGCCGGCGAACUACUUCGGGAACUGCGUAGCGUUCGCGGUGGCGACGGUGCGGCACGGGGAGCUGGCGGGGGAGGGAGGGUUCGAGGCGGUGGCGGAGGCCGUGGCGGAGGAGAUCAAGAGCGGGGUCAACGAUGCGGCGGCGCUGCUGAAAGGGGCGGAGAAUUGGAUAUCGGAGAUGAAGAGAAAUCAGGCGCGGAAGAUGAGGUGUUUAGGGGUGGCUGGAUCGCCGAAAUUUGAUCUGGCGAUAGCGGAUUUUGGGUGGGGAAAGGCGAGGAAAAUGGAAAACUUGACGCUUGAUGGAGAGAAGUAUUCGAUGUCUUUGGCUAAUGCCAGAGAAGGGGGAGGGGGUUUGGAAUUUGGGCUUUCGCUGCCUAAGAAAAGAAUGGAAGCUUUUGCUGCUAUAUUUAGGGAUGGUCUCAUCAAAUAA